AUGCUGUGCAGUGAAAGAGACUUCAUUAGCUUGGGAAAACAACUAAAUAGUGAGAAUAUCUACACUCGUGGUUACUUCAUUGGAAAGGAGAAUUUAAACAUUACGAGUAUUCUUUCGCGAUUAAUUUACAGUUCUUGUGGUGUAGUCGUGAAUUGUGAGUGCUCAGGAGCAGAUGAAAUUGUUCAGAUCGCGUCAAAUUAUCGCUUUUUCAAUAUCACCUACUCUUGGCUUCUUUUUGGCGCUGAAGACAACACUUGGCAGCAAUUUCUUGAUCCUGUGUUUAACAUUGAAUUCUCUUCGGAUGUGGUGUUUGUUCAAACUCAAAAUAAUUCCACUAAACUUGAUCUUAUUGAUGUAUACAGUCUCGGAAGACACCGCGGAAGUUCCCUGAUUGGUGUCAAAUUUGCUGAGUAUGAUAAUGCUGAUCGAUCACUGGAUAUAAUACUGAAUUUGUGGCCGAAAUUUGAUAGAAAUCAUCGUGCGAAUUUCAAAGGAUUUCAGCUUAAAGCAGUUGUCACGAUUGACAGAGACAACAUGACAGAAGCGGAUGUUAAGCCUCUGUUAUUGCAACCUGGAAAAACUCCUGGGAUCGUGGCUUUUGUUAAAUAUCAGUCCCAUCUUAAUUAUUAUCUGCAAGACAUGUACAAUUUCAGCCUAAAAUACCGAAUAACUAGGGCCUGGGCUGGUCACUUACCUUCGGGCUAUCGCCUAGGUCUACUUGGCGUUAUGACUCGUGGAGAAGCUGAUAUUUCCAUGAGCGCUGUAUUUGCCUACAUCCACCGUUUCAUAGAGUAUGACUUUGUCCAUAGCAGUUACAUGUUUAAGGUGGGAUUCGUGUUUCGUGUGGGUUCGGAUUCCAGUGCUUCUGAUGCAUCGCUUCUGGCACCCUUUGAAACUGACGUGUGGCUUUCUCUGAUGGUCACUAUUUGCAUUGUUCUGUUUGUUGGGGUCAUUGUUAGGAUGAUUUUCCUGGUAACGAAGCAUCCAUUUUCCGGAUCAAUGGUGAGAGAUCUUGUGGACAUCUUCGCAGCGCUCUGUCAACAAGGUGUGGAUCCGGUGCCUGGAAACAUUGUCCAGAAAAUCAUUAUCUUCAUGACACUGUUUCUGGCCUUCUUCCUAUACAACUACUAUACAUCUUCUGUUGUGGGAGUACUGCUUAGUUCUCCGAUUAAAGGCCCAACAACUCCUGAAGAGAUUCUUGAAAGCACGUUUAAGGUUUCCUUUGACGAUGUAGGUUAUCAUAAGAUCCUCUUUCAAGAGAAGAGAAUGCCCAUAAUUUCUGAAAUAUACAAUAAGAAAAUGACGGGCCUGAAGAGAGGUACUAAUGACCUGCCUAUGUACACUGGAAUCCAAAAAGCUGUGCCCUACAUAAAGUCCGGCGGAUGGGCUUUUCAUUGUGAGUUAACUGAAGCCUAUAGUGCCAUUGCGAAAUCCUUCGACGCAUCGGAGAUCUGCGAUUUGAGAGUUGUGACCGGACUCAUGAUAACCGAAUAUUUGCAAACCAUCCUGCCAAAGUUCAGUCAAUACAAGGAGCUACAUAUGAUUGGCUUUAUGCGUCUUCAUGAACUAGGAUUUGUCAAUCGAGCACUCAAAAUUUACUGGAAUGACAAGCCAGAGUGCACUUCAGGCAUUACAGUGUUUGCAGUGGGUUUCCAAGCAGUUUCAGCGGCAUUUUAUGUCCUUUUCUUGGGAAUGGUUGGUUCCCUUGUUUUGCUAGUGGGUGAAAUUGUGUGGAAAAGGCACGGAUGGAAAUAUAUUCAUUACCUUCAGAGCAAAACUGUCCACUUUAGAGUUCAAUUUAGAGGCAAUGGCAAUUCAUAA